CAUCACUGUCCAUUACUACACAUCACUGUCCAUCACUACCCAUCACUAUACAUCACUAUACAUCACUAUCCAUCACUACACAUCACUGUCCAUCACUACACAUCAACAUCACUAUCCAUCACUAAACAUCACUGUCCAUUACUACACAUCACUGUCCAUCACUACACAUCACUAUCCAUUACUACACAUCACUAUCCAUCACUAUACAUCACUGUCCAUCACUACACAUCACUACACAUCACCACCCCACUACCCAUCACUACACAUCACCACCCAUCACUAUCCAUCACUAUCCAUCACUAUCCAUCACUAUCCAUCACUACACAUCACCACCCAUCACUAUCCAUCACUAUCCAUCACUAUCCAUCACUACACUACACCACCCAUCACUACCCAUCACUACACAUCACCACCCAUCACUAUCCAUCACUAUCCAUCACUACCCAUCACUACCCAUCACUAAACAUCACUACCCAUCACUAUCCAUCACUACCCAUCAGUACCCAUCACUGCACAUCACUACCAAUCACUAUCCAUCACUACACAUCACUAUCCAUCACUGCACAUCACUAUCCAUCACUUCACAUCGCUGUCCAUUACUACACAUCACUGUCCAUCACUACCCAUCACUAUACAUCACUAUACAUCACUAUCCAUCACUACACAUCACUGUCCAUUACUACACAUCACUGUCCAUCACUACACAUCACUACACAUCACUAUCCAUCACUACACAUCACUGUCCAUCACUACACAUCAACAUCACUAUCCAUCACUACACAUCACUGUCCAUUACUACACAUCACUGUCCAUCACUACACAUCACUAUCCAUUACUACACAUCACUAUCCAUCACUAUACAUCACUGUCCAUCACUACACAUCACUACACAUCACCACCCAUCACUAUCCAUCACUAUCCAUCACUAUCCAUCACUAUCCAUCACUACACAUCACCACCCAUCACUAUCCAUCACUAUCCAUCACUACCCAUCACUACACAUCACCACCCAUCACUAUCCAUCACUAUCCAUCACUAUCCAUCACUACACCUCACCACCCAUCACUAUCCAUCACUAUCCAUCACUAUCCAUCACUAUCCAUCACUACACAUCACCACCCAUCACUACCCAUCACUACACAUCACCACCCAUCACUAUCCAUCACUAUCCAUCACUACCCAUCACUACCCAUCACUAAACAUCACUACCCAUCACUAUCCAUCACUACCCAUCAGUACCCAUCACUGCACAUCACUACCAAUCACUAUCCAUCACUACACAUCACUAUCCAUCACUGCACAUCACUACCCAUCCAUCACUAUCCAUCACUAUCCAUCCAUCACUAUCCAUCUAUCCAUCAUUACACAUCACAUCCAUCACUAUCCAUCACUACCCAUCAUCACUAUCACUACCCAUCACUACAUCCAUAACUAUCCAUCACUACAUCACCACCUAUGUGUCAUCCAUCAACAUAACUGUCCAUCACUCACCCAUCACCACCCAUCACUGUCCAUCACUAUCCAUCACUAUCCAUCACUAUCCAUCACUACCCAUCACUAUCCAUCAUACCCACUACCCAUCCAUCAUACCACUAUCCAUCACUACCCAUCACUAUCCAUCACUACCCAUCACUAUCCAUCACUAUCCAUCACUAUCCAUCACUAUCCAUCACUAUCACUACCAUCACUACAUCCAUCACUACAUCACUACCCAUCACUAUCCAUCAUCACUAUCCAUCACUAUCCAUCACUCCAUCACAUCACUAUCCAUCACAUCCAUCACUACUAUCCAUCACAUCCCCUACCCAUCACUACCAUCUGUACACAUCAUCCAUCACUAUCCAUCACUAUCCAUCCAUCUCAUCACUGUCCAUCACUACUGUCCAUCACUACCCAUCACUAUCCAUCACUACCCAUCACUAAACAUCACUAUCCAUCACUACCCAUCACUAUCCAUCACACAUCACUGUCCAUCACUUCAUCCUAUCACUAUCCAUCACUAUCCAUCACUAUCCAUCACUGUCCAUCACUCAUCCAUCACUACACAUCACUAUCCAUCACUAUCCAUCACUAUCCAUCACUAAACAUCACUGUGCAUCACUACACAUCACUAUCCAUCACUACAUCUCUGUCCAUCACUACAUAUCACUACCCAUCACUAUCCAUCACUACCAUCACUCACUCCAUCACUGUCCAUUACUACACAUCACUAUCCAUCACUACCAUCACUAUACAUCACUACACAUCACUAUCCAUCAUCACUGUCCAUCACACUGUCCAUCACUGUCCAUCACUAUCCAUCACUACACAUCACUAUCCAUCACCAUCACUCACUACAUCACUAUCCAUCACUACACAUCACAUCACCACAUCACUAUCCAUCACUGUCCAUUACUACACAUCACUGUCCAUCACUACACAUCACUAUCCAUCACUACACAUCACUAUCCAUCACUAUACAUCACUAUCCAUCACUACACAUCACUGUCCAUCACUACUAUCCAUCACUACAUCCAUCACUACACAUCACCAUCACUAUCAUCACUACACAUCACUGUCCAUCACUAAACAUCACUGUCAUCACUACACUAUCACUAUCCAUCACUAUCCAUCACUAUCCAUCAUCAUCACUGUCCAUCACUACACAUCACUGUCCAUCACUAUCCAUCACUAUCAUCACUUCACAUCACUGUCCAUUACUACAUCACUAUCCAUCAGUACACAUCACUGUCCAUCACUAAACAUUCACUGUCCAUCACUAUCCAUCACUACACAUCACUCUCCAUCACCACACACUAAACAUCACUCCAUCACUACACAUCACUAAACAUCACUGUGCAUCACUACACAUCACUAUCCAUCACACCCAACUCUGUCCAUCCAUCACUAAACAUCACUACAUCCACUAAACAUCACAUCACUCACUAUCCAUCACUUCACAUGGCUGUCCAUUACUAGACAUCACUGUCCAUCACUACCCAUCACUGCCAAUCACUCUACAUCACUAUCCAUCACUACACAUCACUAUCCAUUACUACACAUUACCGUCCAUCACUACACAUCACUAUCCAUCACUACACAUCACUAUCCAUCACUACACAUCACUGUCCAUCACUACACAUCACUGUCCAUCACUACCCAUCACUAGACAUCACUAUCCAUCACUACACAUCACUGUCCAUUACUACACAUCACUGUCCAUCACUACACAUCACUAUCCAUCACUACACAUCACUGUCCAUCACUACACAUCACUGUCCAUCACUGCUCAUCACUGUCCAUCACUACCCUUCACUAGACAUCACUAUCCAUCACUACACAUCACUGUCCAUUACUACACAUCACUGUCCAUCACUACAGAUCACUAUCCAUCACUACACAUCACUAUCCAGCACUAUACAUCACUGUCCAUCACUACACAUCACUAAAGAUCACUGUCCAUCACUACCCAUCGCUGUCAAUCACUACACAUCACUAAACAUCACUGUCCAUCACUACCCAUCACUGUCAAUCACUACACAUCACUUCUGA